AUGGGUUUCCUCCUGGGGGCCUUUGCCACCCGCCUGUCCCACCUCUACCUCAGCGUGGGGCUGCUGGCAGGCCUGGGCUGGGCGUUGGUCUUCACCCCUUCCCUGGGGGCCGUGAGCCGCUAUUUCCCAACGCGCCGUGCGAUGGCCACCGGUUUGGCCAUGGCGGGUGCCAGCGUCGUGGGACUGGCCCUGGGGCCACUCGUCCCACUCCUGCUGGAUGCCUACGGCUGGCGGGGGUCUCUGCUCGUCCUGGCCGCCCUCUCCUUUAACCUGAUGGUGGCUGGCGCCUUGCUCCGCCCCUUGGAUGUCACCAUCGAGAUGGAGUCCCCACGGCCACCAGCACCACGUGGCCAAGGCGGGUUGCGUGAAUUGCUCCAUCACGGCCCCUUCCUGCGCUACGCCUUGGCUUUCGUGCUGGUAGAUGCUGGCUACUACGUGCCCCACGUCCACGGGCCAGCCCGUGCCCAAGAAGUGGGGUGUGAUGAACAACGUGCUGGGCUGGUGAUGGCGGUGACGGCGGUGGCCGACGGCGUCGGGCGGGUGGUGGCUGGUUUGCUGGCCGCCCGACCCACCGCCUCCUUGCUCCGUCACCUCUUUGCUUGGUCCGUGCUGACGGGCUUGGCGUUGCUGCUCCUCCCUUUGGGGACUUCCUUUGGGGGUCUGACAGCUUUGGCUUUGGCUUACGGGUUCUGCGCCGGUGCCAUCGUUCCGCUCCAGUUCACCGGUGUGGCCGAGGUGGUGGGAGCAGGGCGGCUGCUGCACGCCAUCGGCCUCAUGCAGAUGUUCGAAAGCGUCGGGUCGCUGCUGGGAGCACCUUUUGCUGGUUGGCUGCGGGACCUGACUGGGGACUUCAAGGUCUCCUUCCUCGCUGCUGGUGCCUUCCUCCUGGCUGGGAGCCUCCUCAUCCUCACCCUCCCCAGCUUCUUCCGCACUUCCCGGAGCGAUGGCAGUGGCACAGAGGGGGUUCCUGACCCAGUACCUAAAGGCCUUGAGCUCUCUUCAGUUCCCCUCUCACCACCCAAUUAA